ACAGUUAAAUCGGCAUCACUUUCAAUUUCUUGAAAUAAUGUAAUGCUGUAAUGUAAUGUUGCUAAUGCUUGGAACACAUUUCAACAAAUAUUUUUGUGCAUAUUAGUCAUGAAACAAUAUAUUUAUCACACUGAAUCUUAAUUUUCGUUUUUCAGUCUGUAGUCUAUUACCAUUGAGGCUUACUUUUACAGUAAGCCUAAAAGCACUGUAACAUCUCGUGUUUCGCCCAAGUUCUCAUCACAAUGACAUCCAUUAUAAAAUUGUUACCUCUUUCUGGUGUUCAUGGAGAGGAUCCACACUGUUACAUUCUUCAGGUGGAUGAAUUUAAAUUUUUGUUAGAUUGUGGAUGGGAUGAAAAUUUUAAUAUGGCUCAUAUAAAGGAAUUAAAAAAGCACAUUCAUCAAAUAGAUUCUGUAUUACUCUCAUAUCCGGAUAUAUUGCAUCUUGGUGCUUUACCUUAUGUAGUUGGAAAAUGUAAUCUUGAUUGUCCUAUUUAUUCCACAAUUCCUGUCUACAAAAUGGGGCAAAUGUUUAUGUAUGAUCUAUAUCAGUCUCGUAAUAAUAUUGAAGACUUUGAUUUAUUCACUUUGGAUGAUGUUGAUGCUGCUUUUGACAAGAUUAUUCAAUUAAAAUACAGUCAGACAAUUAAUUUAAAAGGUAAAGGACAAGGCAUAGCAAUCACUCCAUUACCAGGAGGACAUAUGAUUGGAGGUGCAAUUUGGAAGAUUGUGAAAGAUGGAGAAGAAGAUAUAAUUUAUGCUGUUGAUUUUAACCACAAGAAAGAGCGUCAUUUAAAUGGAUGCAUCCUUGAAACUAUUAAUCGUCCCUCUCUACUUAUUACAGAUUCUUACAAUGCUACUUACGUUCAGCCUAGAAGAAGACUUAGGGAUGAACAACUUAUGACAAACGUUCUUCAGACAUUGCGAAAUAGUGGAAAUGUGCUUAUAGCUGUUGAUACAGCUGGUAGAGUUCUAGAAUUGGCACAUAUGAUGGAUCAAAUUUGGAGAAGUCAAGACUCAGGAUUGAUGUCAUAUUCAUUAGCUCUACUCAAUAAUGUUAGCUAUAAUGUUGUAGAAUUUGCAAAAUCACAAGUUGAAUGGAUGAGUGAUAAAAUAAUGCGCUCAUUUGAGGGUUUGAAAGGCAACCCUUUUCAGUUCAAGCAUUUGCAAUUAUGUCACAGUCUUUCUGAACUCAAUAAAGUUUCUGAACCAAAGGUUGUUUUAGCUAGUAUGCCUGGAAUGGAAUGUGGAUUUUCUCGAGAUUUAUUCAUUCAGUGGUGUGGUAAUCCUAGGAAUAGUAUCAUUCUGACAUCUAGAAGUUUACCUGGAACUUUAGCAAGAUCUCUUAUUGAAAAUCCUAACCAAAGAGCUAUUGAAUUAAAGAUUUGUCGUAGAGUUCGGUUGGAAGGAGCAGAAUUAGAGGAGUACAUGAAAAAAGAAAAAGAGAAAGAACUAGAGGCAGCUCGACAACGAGCUGAAAAAGAAGCAGAAUUUGGUGGUUCUGAUUCAAGUGAAGAAAGUGAGGAUGAGAUGGAAGUUGAUAGAGGGGGCAGUGCUCGUCAUGAUCUAAUGAUGAAAGUAGAGGGAAAGCCAAGAGGUGGUGGCUUUUUUAAGCAAGCAAAGAAAUCUUAUCCUAUGUUUCCUGUCAAGGAAGAAAAAAUAAAAUGGGACGAUUAUGGAGAAAUUAUUAAGUUAGAAGAUUAUAUGAUACUUGAACCAACUACUAUGGAAGAAGAAAAUAAAGAAAAUAAGAUGGAAAAUGAUGAUUCAGUCCAAGAUAUAACAGAGGUUCCAACUAAAUGCAUAUCAUAUAUGCAAACUUUGGAUAUCAAUGCUUCUAUAAUGUUUAUUGACUUUGAAGGUCGUUCAGACAGUGAAUCUAUUAAAAAAAUCUUAAGUAUGAUUAAACCUCGUAGACUCAUUAUAGUGAGAGGUCCAUCUGAAGCAACAGAAGCUUUAGCAACAUAUUGCACGUCUGGUGCUGUUCAAGGUAAAGUGUUUACCCCUCACCUUUUAGAAAUGGUUGAUGCAACUACAGAGAGUCAUAUUUAUCAGGUAAAAUUAAAAGAUUCUUUAGUGAGUUCUUUGGAUUUUGUGAAAUCCAAUGAUGUGGAACUGGCAUGGGUUGAUGGUGAAAUAGUUAUGGAAGAAGACACUGAUAAAAUAAUAGCCAAAGACACAGAGAAAAGUGAAGACACAGAAAAAACAAAAGAUGAAGCUGAAGGAGAUAGAAUACCAGUAUUGCAGCCAAUACCAACCACUCAGAUAACUGGUCAUCCAACCAUCUUUAUUAAUGAAGUAUUACUAUCAGAUUUUAAACAAGUUCUUAUGAGGAAUGGAAUCAAUGCAGAAUUCAGUGGAGGUGUUUUGUAUUGUAACGACGUUGUGGCAUUACGAAAAAAUGAAUCUGGUCACAUAGAUUUUGAAGGAUGUUUAACAGAAGACUAUUUCAAAGUGCGAGAACUGUUAUAUGAACAAUAUGCAAUCAUCUGAAUCUUUGAAGUUUCAUUUUUAUCAUCAUCAUCAUUGUUAACAUCAGUAUCAUCUUCAUGUUAUGUUUUGUACAUUUUUGUAAUUAUUACACCUGUGAAUAAUUCUGUAGGAUUAUUAAAUUAUUUUUUAAAUGC